ACUCUUUUUUCUACUACCCUGUGUACAAGAUUUUGCUGGCUGGCUGUACCACCAUCCCUCUGGGGAUGGGGACAGAGCUGUGCCAGGGAGACUGAGCAAACUUUUGAGAGACCAGCCCCUCUACAGACUGCCUCAUGCUGCCUGGCAGCACCUUUCAGCAGGAGAAGGGUCAGCUGCUUUUCCUUUGGCCUUUCUAGCUCUUGGCCUCCAAACUGGAAACACCUUGGCUCCUGACAGCAAAGGCUUGCUUGCUUUUUCCACAUGAAUCAUGGGACUGGAGGUGCUUGAUCUGCUUCAGGAUGGAGAAGUCUCAGUUGGUUUGUCCAUGUGGAGGGGCAGCUCCCUGGGCAGGCUGCUGGAGGGCUCUGGGAACAGCUGGAAAAAGAGGUGUCCUGGCACCCUAUAAUCACAGCCAGCCUGAUUUCUGUUCCUCUGAACAGAACAGCCGUGUGCACUUCUCACACAUAUUCUUCUAAAUGUCAUAGGGCAAUAAUGCUGCAGACCUUUAACCAGGUGGGGAGGAACUGUAAACCAAGCACUGAUAAUAUAUAGUCUGAUAGUCAUUUGUGAUGCCUCAGCAGGUGAACCUGUUUACCAUGAGUACUCUUCUGUGGGAAGGAGAUGGUGCUAUAUCCCUAGUGAGGUCUUCCCCUGCAGUGCCAUCACAUCAAAUAGUCUACUUUUUGGAGCACAGAUAUGUUCUUUUAUCCCAAAAUUUCCUUGCACAAAUAUUUUCAAAUUCAUGAUACUGGGAUUUCUACAGAAAUUUCUGAGAGAGCUGGACUUAACUUAGAGAAUAUAGAACAGCAAAUGGAACUGCUGAGCCCAACUUUGUGUUGCAGUGUCAUUUCCUGACCUACUGCUGUAAAAUAAUGAAUGAGCUGCCUGAUUCCAGGCCACUUCUUGUCUGUGCUGGGUCCAGUGCUUUAGCUGGAAAAUGCUAAAUAUACCAUCUCAAAGGGAGCUAAACCCUGUAGCUGCAGGCAGUUUACUGAGUAUGAACUGCAGCAGGACUCAAUACAUUAUGUAUGGCUCAGCCCUCUGGAAUUGCACAUGCAUGUAAGUUAUGCCUGUAGGAAAACAGUAAUUUAAAACCUCCUUCUUCCCCACCUCUCGGACCUGACUUGUGUUAAAUAUUAACAAACAUGGUUCAUCAAUUCCCUGGUUCACUUGGCUUCUUUUAACAACAGAUGUUAUUACAACAACUCUGCCUGCCUCCCUGCUCCUGUCAGCACGUCUGAUGGUGAAACCCAAGAGUCCGCAGCUGUAACUCAGCCUGCAGAGCCUGGCUGCUGCCCCAGCCCUGUGGCCACCCCUAACUCUCUCCCUAGGAUCACCAAUGCCUGCCAGCCUUGCUGCCUGUAACUAGCUUGUGCUGGGAGGCACUGCUUGCAGAGAGGCUUUGGUAAAGGAGGCAGAGAGAAGGGGUGAGGGAGCCCAGAGGAAGGAGAGUUCCUGCUGCCAGAGGAGGAGGCACUGAGGAUGGCCAGCAACUCCAGUGCACUGCCCCGGGUGACUUUCCAGACACCAGAGAAACCUGGGGAGGAAUCAUCACACAGGAAACUGGGCAAGCUGACCAUAAAGUACAACCGCAAAGACCUACAGCGCUGGCUAGACCUGGAGGAAUGGAUCAACGCCCAGCUGCAGGAGCUCUACCAGUGCCGGCUAAGGGAGGAAACAGAGGCAGCAGCUCCUGAACCACAAAUUGAUCUUGAAGAUCUCCUGGAGGUCCCUAAUGAAGAACAGAAGAUAAAACUACAGGAGAUCCUCCAUGAGUGCUCCAGCCCCACAGAGGACUUCAUCACAGAAUUGCUCAGUCGAUUGAGAGGUCUCCGAAGAGUCACCAAUCCUCAGAAGAAAUGACCUUGCUCACAUGGAAACUCCAGCUUUGGUUACAAGGAAACAUGUAUCUUCCUGACAAAAGCCAGGAUCAGCAACAGAACUUCUGAGUAUGUUUAGGACUUAUUAUUAUUAUUGAGAAACUUCAGCAAGCUUGUGAACUUUGCACCAGUGGUUUGAAGUCUCCACUCCUUCCAGAUCUACACACACAGCAGGGAGCUAGAUUGUACAUUUUCCUGAUUCUUAAAGAGUGUGUUAACCUGAGGAGCAGGACAAGAUAUCCCUCCUUUAGAUUCUUCUAGGAAUUUCCAUGCUGGCCAAGGAGCACUGAAUACAAUUCUCAGGAGUUCAUCAAGACUUCUUUUUUUUGUCCACUGCAAGGCAAACAAGGCAUUGGUUAUCAUUCAUUCAUCAACACGGAAAAUCAGCCGCUGUUAAGCUGCACCUCAUUUUAGUCUGGCUUAAACCCAACUGUGAUCUCCUGCCUGUUACUGCUGUGCCUGACUCUACAGCAUUGCACAUACUUUGUAAGUCUUACUAAGCCUGUUAUUUAUGAAGAUUGGACAGAAAAUAUAUAUGAUAGUUUGAGUGCACCUGGUCUACUUAAGGGGAAGUUUGUGAAGCAACUGCUACAGCUAAUGGCUAUUUUUUUCCCAUUUUGUGGAAUUUAAGACUUAUAACUUAGAAGCCUUUUCUAAAAGAACAAGGUCUGAGAAUGAUUUUUCUCCUAGUUCAAAAAGAUGUUGGAAAAAUACUUAUUUUAUAUUAAAACAGAAAACCAGCCA